UAACAAUAAGUAAUAAAUAGAAAAGAUGACGCAGAAUGUGUUGUAAUCUGAGACUAUUUUUACAAAUAUAUUAACUUAAUGCUUUUUGUGCAAAGUGAAGUAGAAUAUAUAUAGUAUUGCAUGAAUUUUUGGUUUCACUAUUUUCUCUAAUAUCCACACAUUGAAAAUCAUAUUGCAAUAGAAAAAAAUCUGUACAUCUCUUAUCUUGAGUGUCAUUUUUCUCAAAAAAUACUUUGUGUUUGCUGGGAUAAUUUAACAUUCUAAUAACCUUAAUAAUAUAAAUAUUAAAUUAACUUACCGGUUUCAUGAUCACUUCACUUAUUGUCAGACGAUUUUCUAUCGUAAUGUGAGAUGACAAGAUAAAGUUUAUUUGCUUUUUCAUCUUUUUAGACGCUAUUAUUUUGCUUCUUUCACCUCUUUAGACAUUCAUUUACUACUUAGACACUUCAUAAACAAUAGACGCAGUCUCUCACGUGGGUAACGAAACGAUGAUACGGAUGAUGCAAUGCGCGAACAGUAGACACAGUGUGCGUUCCGUGUUGCGCAUGAAGCGCGUAGAGUGCACAGAAAGUCGUUCCGAGUUAGCUAUUGCGCGCUUCGAAAGCGCUUCGAGAGAGCUAUGAAUUCCCUAGAGUGUACUAACCGUACUGAAUUCUUAGCACUCCUCCCAGCGCAUUGACUGCUGCUCUUUCGACUUGAGGCAGUGGAUGCGUUUGAUGCGUUCGUGCGAUCUAUGCGCUUCUUGCGUGAUUCGGAACGCACACUAUAUGUAUAUCGAAUCGGCACUGGAAUUGCUGUAAAGUGGUACGAUGGGUGAUAAAUUGCAAGAAUUUCCAGUUUUAUUAGAAAAUGAAGUCAUUAGUUUAUUUUUAAACAAAGCCGACAUUGAAAAAGCAUUAAAAGAUCAAAAAUUUUUAUUAAGUCUUAUUGAGAAGGAGCAGAGCUCCAAGAAAAUGAUAAUCCAGAAGAUGAAAAUGUCGACAAAAACGAUACCGAGAAGAAGAUGUUUGUAUGGCCAGACAAAGCUGUACUUUUACUACUAGAUAUGUACAGAGAAAGAGAAGAAGAUUUCUCUAAUGGUUUAAAGCGCAGCAAUAAAAUUUGGGCGGAAAUUGCUGCCCAGAUGAAAAAUUUUAACCCAGAGUAUGAAGUUACAUCAAACCAAUGUGCCACAAAAAUGUCUGGAUUAAAACGAACCUAUAAAAACAUUGUUGAUCAAAAUAAGAAGAGUGGCAAUCACAGAAGUUCGUGGGCAUUUUUUUCGGUUAUGGAUUCGAUAUUUGGCAAUAAAGCGUCAACUAGAGCUCCUGCAAUUGCCACCAGUGACGGUCCAUCAGACCCAAAUAUCGAAGGAUCGUCAUCAUCUUUGUCAUCAAUCACUGAAACCCCUGAAUUGAAAAGUCCACCGAGAAAGAGAAAGCGAAUAGAACAUGUUGUGGAAGAGUUCAUUGAACGUAUUAAGGUUGAAAAGGAAGAAACAAGAGAAGAAAUGAAAAGAAGAGAAACAAACCAAGAAAAAGUACGCGAAGAAAAAAGAAAAGAUCGUGAGAAGAGACAUAACGAGCAAAUGGAAGUGCAGAGAUCAUUAAUCUCCAUAUUGCAGCAAUUUUUAAAUAAAUAAAUGCGGUUUGUUCCAUUUCCUAGUAAAUGAUAUGGAUGUGUUUGUAGCGUUUUCAACUGGUACGGAUUAAUCCGUUCCGGAUUUCAUCUCUCCAAUAGGAGAGCUUGUUUUAUUUAAAAUAAUAGUUUACAAAACUAUUUAUUCUAUAGUUUUGAUCAGUUAUGAGUUUUAAGUUCUGUUUUUAAAUUUUAAAAAUUUGUUCUUAUGUUAUACUUAAUGAGCAUAUAGAUUCCAAAGAUGCAAGGAUAUUUUUUAAUGUAUUUCUUAAAGUAUUUUUUUAACGUAUUGAAGUAUUCUGAAGGUGGUUAAGAAAAAUAUUUAGAAUAAAGAAUAGUUUUAUAAGAUUAAAUGUGAUAAUA